AUGCACACACAGGAUGGGCAGAUUGAGUUUGAGGAGCUUGUGGAGUACAUUGACAAGGCGCACAAGCAGCACGUGGACAAUGCAGUUGCGUCGGCUGCAGAGGCCCGCAGCAACCCUGCAGCAGCUGAGGAGAAGGCGGACAAGGGCACAGAUGAGACAUCGACCGGUGGGGAGUCGACCGCCCGCACCGACGAGACGUUUGGGGAGCGGCUUGCACGCAUGCGUGCCCACGUGCGCGACAUCUUUGAGCGGGCGGACCGGGACAAGAACGGGUGGCUGUCGAAGAAGGAGCUGAAGCGUGUGCUGCACGAGGACGAUGACCUUCGGUAUGAGCUGCGCACGUCUGGCGGCCGUCCGUGGAAGGAGUUCUGGGCUGAGCUCGACGUUGACAACGACGGACGGAUUGAGGAGAAGGAACUUGUUGACUACCUGAUGAAGGUGCUGACGGAGAAGGCGUCGAAGCACCACGCGUCGCUGAAGGAGCGCGCGAAGGACAUCUUUGAGCGGGCGGACCGGGACAAGAACGGGUGGCUUUCGAAGAAGGAGCUGAAGCGUGUGCUGCACGAGGACGAUGACCUGCGCGAUGAGCUGCGCACAGCCCAUGGGCGCCACUGGAAGGACUUCUGGACCGAGCUCGACGCCAACGAGGACGGGCGGAUUGAGCUACCCGAGCUGAUCGCGUACAUGGACGAGAACCACCGCCGCCGCCUCACCGCUGCGCUGGAAGGCGGCAAGCAACAAGAGGACAGUACACCAACGCGUGUUGACAUGCAGCACAGCAUGUCAGAGUUCAAGGACGAUCGUGGGUACGAUGUGAAGCGUGACACGACGGUGACAACCACAACCGCCGCCCUGCAGUCAUCCACCACCACCACCACCACCACCGACUCGACAGUGACGUCUACCGCAACCACGCCAACAGACGCAGCGGCCACCCCUGCUGCACCGAGCGAGAUGGAGCGCAAAUUGCAGGCGCUUGAGCGGCGGGCAUAUGCGGCUGAGGCGCAGGUGCUGAAGCUUGAGGACGACCUGGAAGAAGCGCGGCGUGGCGGCGCCCGCGACGAGAUCGAGGAGUUGCAGCGGGCACUUGCGAGGAAGGACGAGCGCAUUUCAGAGCUGGAGGCCACGGUGGCGCGCCUGCGGGAAGAGGCGGCCCAGAAGCGGAGCGAUGCUGAUCAGGAGCGCGCCGUGGAGACAGAGUUGCGACGGCAGGUGGAGGAGGCGGAGAAGAAGGCGCAGCAGGCGGUUGAAGAGCGCGACCUGGCAACGGCCAAGAUGCGCAUGGUGUCGCAGGACUUUGAGGACCUGCAGGUGUCGCACGCCGGUGCGGAGGCGCGCGUUGGAAUGCUGAUGGAGCAGAUUGAGGCUCUUCAGAGCCGCGUGGAUGAGUUUAACGAGAAGGGCGAGGCCACAGCGGCGGCUACACAGGCGCAGGCAGACGCAGAGAAGGCGUGCAGCGAGUGCGAGGACAAGUUGUCCACCGCGCAGGCAGAGGUAGUGCAGCUGAAGCAGCAGCUGGGCAGCGUACUUGAGGAGCUCGCAGCGGCCAAGCAGAAGCAGGCGAGCGAGGCGGAGGCCGCCCUGCAGGCGAAAGAUGACGAGAUUGCGCGGCUCAAGCGGCAGCUGAACACGUGUGAGGAAGAGAAGGGCAAGGCAACUGAGGCGGCGGCACAGGCCAAAGGCGCUGGUGGCGAGGCUGACACGAAGCUGCGGGCGGAGCUUGACACGUCCCGUGCGGAGUGUGAGGAGCUGAAGCAAGAGAUUGCGCGCUUGAAGGAGGCUGCCAAGGCGAAGACUGCAGCACGUGCACGCAAGUCGAGUGCGACAGAGCGGAAGCCCCGCGCAGGGCCGCGGCCGCAGAGGGCGGACCCGACCCACGCCCGCGUGUCGACCACGCUCAAGGAUUCUGGCCUCAACGAAGGGGACCUGGUCUAUCAUGCCCCUGGCAAGUACAAGCUGCCUGGCCAAGACCACAUUCUCAACGUUCGCAUCGUUGGCAAGAACAUCAUGGUGCGCGUGGGUGGCGGCUGGACCAAGCUGGAGGACUACCUCAAAGACCACCGUCACCACAUUGAAGAUGCCCGCGUUCGCUACUCCCUUGGCAUCCACAACAAACGCAGCUCUUCCUCGUCAUAACACCACACCACACCACACCCCACAAUGAGCGUGGUGCACGACUGACUCUGCUUCCUCCACCUCCACCACCGCUCUUCCUGCCUGGCCUUGACGGUGCUUUGUCAUCGUGCUGCGAUUCUUGUUGAUGUCAUACAUAAAUGGUCGAUGGCCUGGAUUUCGUUGUUGCCAGAAAAACAAACAACCGCAACAAGAAACGGGUGCGUCGCACAC